AUGGAUGUCAUUGGUCCUAUCGAGCCGGCCGCGUCAAAUGGACAUAGGUUCAUUUUGGUAGCCAUCGCCUACUUCACAAAAUGGGUAGAAGCAUCUUCGUACAAAUCAGUGACGAAGAAGGUAGUGGUAGACCUUGUUCGCAAUAACAUCAUUUGUCGAUUCAGAAUCCCUGAGUCAAUUAUAACUGAUGAUGGAGCUAAUCUUAACAGUGAUUUGAUGCGUGAGAUAUUCAAAAAAUUUAAGAUUACUCACCGCAACUCCACCCCUUAUCGACCUCAGAUGAAUGGAGCAGUUGAAGCAGCCAACAAAAACAUCAAGAGAAUAUUGCGGAAGAUGAUCGAUAAUUACAGACAUUGGCAUGAAAAAUUGCCAUUGGCCUUCGGUUUUCGCACCACUGUUAGGACUUCAACUGGGGCAACGCCUUAUCUCUUGGUCUAUGGGACCGAGGCUGUGUUACCUGCAGAGGUAGAGAUACCAUCCCUGAGGAUUAUCCAAGAAGCUGAGUUGAGUGAUGCCAAGUGGAUACAAAAUCAAAAUGAACAAUUAAUGCUCAUUGACGAAAAGAGGAUGAAUGCAGUUUGUCAUGGGCAGCUUUAUCAGAACAGAAUGGCCAAAGCUUUCAACAAGAAGGUAAGACCGAGACAAUUCAAAUCGGGGCAAUUGGUGUUGAAGCGCAUAUUCCCACACCAAAAUGAAGCUAAGGGAAAAUUUGCACCUAACUGGCAAGGGUCUUACAUGGUUCACCGAGUACUGACUGGAGGAGCACUAAUUCUAGCAGAAAUGGAUGGCGAAGUGUGGCCGAAAGCUAUCAAUGCAGAUGCCGUCAAGAGAUACUACCUUUAG